AGUUUGAGCGGUUUAUUGUUGUGAGCGGCGGCGGGCUGACGGUGACGGCCGGGCCGGGGCUGGCGGGUUGGAGCCGAGGCGCAGAGCAGGCCUCCCGUCCCAAGAUGAGCAUGCACGGCAAGAGGAAGGAGAUCUACAAGUACGAGGCGCCGUGGACGGUGUACGCCAUGAACUGGAGCGUGCGGCCCGACAAGCGGUUCCGCCUGGCGCUCGGCUCCUUCGUGGAGGAGUACAACAACAAGGUGCAGAUCGUGGGGCUGGACGAGGAGAGCUCCGAGUUCAUCUCCCGCAACACCUUCGACCACCCCUACCCCACCACCAAGAUCAUGUGGAUCCCCGACACCAAGGGCGUCUACCCCGACCUGCUCGCCACCUCCGGGGACUACCUGCGCGUCUGGAGGGUGAGCGAUACUGAAACCCGGCUAGAAUGCUUACUAAACAAUAACAAGAACUCUGACUUCUGUGCUCCCCUGACUUCAUUUGACUGGAACGAAGUGGAUCCAAAUCUCUUGGGUACUUCCAGCAUCGACACCACUUGUACAAUCUGGGGCCUGGAGACGGGUCAGGUGCUUGGCCGAGUCAAUCUAGUUUCUGGUCAUGUGAAAACACAGCUCAUUGCUCAUGAUAAGGAGGUGUACGAUAUUGCAUUUAGUAGGGCAGGAGGUGGCAGGGACAUGUUUGCUUCCGUGGGUGCAGAUGGUUCAGUGCGCAUGUUUGACCUUAGACACCUGGAACACAGCACCAUCAUCUAUGAAGAUCCCCAGCACCAUCCGUUACUUCGACUGUGCUGGAACAAGCAAGAUCCCAAUUAUCUGGCCACUAUGGCAAUGGAUGGCAUGGAGGUGGUGAUUCUUGAUGUCCGUGUGCCCUGCACACCUGUGGCCCGGCUAAACAAUCACCGAGCAUGCGUGAAUGGCAUCGCCUGGGCUCCACACUCAUCCUGUCACAUCUGCACUGCAGCGGAUGACCACCAGGCACUUAUUUGGGACAUCCAGCAGAUGCCACGUGCCAUCGAAGAUCCCAUCUUGGCAUACACAGCGGAAGGAGAAAUCAACAAUGUCCAGUGGGCGUCCACCCAGCCUGACUGGAUAGCCAUUUGCUAUAAUAACUGUCUUGAGAUCUUGCGGGUUUAGUUCUGAUGACUGACACUAGCAAAGGGAGGGGAGUUGGGGGCUGUUGUGUGUGAAUGGUACGAAUGAGUUAAAGUUGAGAAUGAUUGUGCAGAUUCUCAGUGUUGUUAUUAUAUUCUGAGUGCAAUUGGCCCUUUCUGGGUCCAAAUUAACCAUUUGGAUCUCUAACCCAUCCCCACCUUAAAGCAAAUAUCUAAACCAGUUAGGAAAGGACACUCUCAUUCAAUCAGCUAACCCUCUGGUAAUGUACAUGUACCACAGUAGAAAUCUUUUUUAAAAUAUCACUGUAAAUAACACUUGACCAUAUUUUUAUGAUUGGAGUAGCUCAGUCUGGGAUAGCUAGUUUCAGAACAAGUCCUGUUCCCUAAUCCACUACAUCAGGUGAUCCUUAUUCCGUACUGAGCUUGUAAGAAUGGUUUUCUUUUGAUUUGAAAGAUUAGAAUCUGUCUUUUCAGAUAUUAUAACAAGGAAAUAACUUGGCAGCUGGAAGCUGUGAUAUUGGGCCAUAGUAAAGUUUACAGAUUGGAUUGAAGCACCUCUGGAGCAUCUAGAUGAGGAUUCUGCUGAAUAAUGCAGUAAGCAAUAGUCUGGUUUUGAGAACAUGCUUCACUUGGCCCUCGUUUGUAGCCCUCACUUGUAGAAAUGAAACAAACGUCUGCAGGACACCAUUAUUCCUUCAAUGGAUUUGUGUUUCUCCAAGUCAAGCCCCGAUGACAGCAUUGGCUUUUGCAAUGCAAACAAGGUAUUGUUCUGCCUCUUGAAGUGGGCAGCACUACAUUGUGGAAGUAUGGUGCAGCAAAGUGGACACAUUGCAAUGACUGACACUAGCACCACUUGUUAUUGGGAUUAUCAUUUUAAUUUGGUUUUUAGAGAGGCAGAUGUUUUCAGCCCAUUUAAUCAAAUAUGGAAUUGGUUUUCCUUUUUUUCAAUGGCCCAUUCACCAAGCUCCCCACCAAUUCUCCUCUGGCAGGAUUUAUUAAACCAUGAAUGGAUUUUAGGAGACAUCCUGUGUGCACAUUUUUGGAAUCUAUUGUGAUUGUUGACCUUCUGUUUGCCUUCUAAUAUAAACAGGCUGAAUUUGGAGCAUGUGGUUGCAGUCUAACUGGAUAGUUAAGUGAAGUUUUAUACUAUCAGUGCAACACAAUCUGAGUCUUUCUGAAGUCAGGGCUCCUGAAUGCAUUGCAUCGCCCUUCUUUCUUGCCCACCCUCGAUGGCAGUGUUUAUACUGGUUUUGUAUUUUGGGGGUAGGAGGGGUGUGGUGGUUACAAGGGUGUCUUGGUAAUCCCUGUCCUUUAAUGGUGUGCCUUCACUGAGAGGCAAUCAAUUAAACAUAGGUGCAGGAGUAUAAUCCAGCAGCCCUUUGAUCCUGCACUGCUGCUCAGUUAGUCCAUGCCAAAUGUUAUUCCUUCGGGAAGUGAUGUAUUGUGAAGCGGCAGGACUCCCUAUGCAACCUUUUCAUAUGCUCCGUUUUCCCCCUCACCCUGAUGAAGCUGUGUUUGAUAGACAGAAAAUAUUGAUUAAAAAGAUGCACUGUGAUGAAGUACAAUUGAAUAGCAAUAAAAAAAAGUCUUUACAGCUGCACUGAGACUUGUGGCUGUGGAGCUAUGACUGUGCAUUUUAACAGGCUCCUAACUCUGCAAUCCAGGUGAUGAUUUUUCCAUUGUCAAACCUGAUACAUAAUUGGCCUGAUACGUUAUUACUUAGAAUGUAACUUGUAUUUGAAUUUGGGUCUUUUGGCAGCAGAAAGUUGUGGAUUUUUUUUAGCAUGGUUAACGCAGUAUUCAGGACUGUUCUGGCCUGUUAUGGGGAUGGAUCUGCAUGAGUGAGGGGGGUAGGAGUGGGAGUGUUCAUGUGGGUUGGCAUAUAAUGUAAGUGCCAGAGUUAAGCAGCUUUAGUUGUUGACCAAGUUAAAACAGAAUACCCUACGUACCCAGACUUGUGAAAGAGCAGUCAGUGGGAAAUGAGAAAUGGAUCAUUCUCAAGCAUUCUUUAUUUGGUUGGUGCUUAACCUCAGUUCAUUAUCUACUUAGUGUACUAAUUUAAAGGGGGAAUUGGUGAAUGUAGGAUUUUUUUUAGCAUGGAAGGGCAUGUGUUUGUUUAUAUUGUAGUAGGACUGGGUGCAAAGUGCUCGAUGCCUCUACAAGGUACUAUGCAGAACAUACUUUGGAAAUUGUUACCAGAUACUGAUUUGGUGCAUUCUAUAUCCAGAUCUGAAGAUGUCUGUGCAGUGGUUGCUCUUUGGUCUUGCUCCAGGAGGGAGUGUAAUAGAUUUCUUUUAUCAGAACAGGAGAUGAAGCAAUGGAGUUCACCUCUAGUCAGAACGUUAGUACACUGCUACCCUGCUUGGUGUUACGGCUGUGUUCCCAAGAACACUAACGGAAUCAGCACUAAAAGGGGUUGUUACAGCAUUAUGUAUAUAGGAAUGCUCUCCCAGCCGCUGCUGUGCUGCAGACCAUGUUGAGGGCUCAGCCCCUGUUAAUCACUUCCACAACAAUGAAAUGGUUAACUCAUCACUACACCACUUGAUGUGCAGUGAGCCACUGAGGCAAAGUGCAGAAGCUGCCUAUGAGGGCUAAUGUUGGGCAGGUGGAGUAAGCGGUGCUGCUCAGAGCUGAGAUAUGGGACUUGGGUACACUGAGGCCAAUGUGGCGAGGGCUGGCCAUCACUGCGAACUGGACACUGUUAAAUCUCUAGGCUGGGGAAGGCUGUGCAUCCAAGCAAUGGUGAAAGUUGGGGGGUGGGAGGUUGGCAGAUUCCACCACGUCCAAUGGGGGUGGUGGUGGUGGUGUAAUGAGAAAGACCCUAGGGUCCAAGUGAUCUGUCAAUGUCCGGAGCUAGUCCCCAGCCAUGACUGCACUGUGUGGAUCUGGGUGCUGCCCUGAGCCCUGCAUCUCAGCUCUGAGCAGCUGCUCUGCUCCCCCAAACUGCCCAGCACCAGCCGUCUGCACAUUGCCUGAAUCCAACUGAGCCAUGUGGUGAUCGCCAUUUCAUUGCUUUAGAAGCAUCAGAUUCCCAGCACAGCAGUGUGCAGCCAAAGUGUUCUUUUUCUUAAGAAAAAAGUACUGUGGAGUGUGUGGCUGUGCAAGUUUAGACUCAAGGACCAAGUAUGUUGUAACAAAUCAGCGCUCUGCAGGGCAGUGCUAAGCAGGAUAUCAGUGAGGUGGAGUAACCUGAAAGCAAAAUUUGCAACUCUGGUUUUUACAUUGAGGUAUAGUAAAUAUUGAAGGUCUGUCACUCCAAAAUUUGGGGGGGGGGGGGGGGGGGGGGGGGGUGGGG